UUAUUUUAAUACAAAAAUAUUAAUAUAAAUAAGAUUUCAACUUAAACAAUGCAAAUGAGAUUAAUGUACCAAAAAAAUCCUGUAAGGUAAAAAUACUUGUAAAUUUAGAUAUAUACUUACAUAACCUAUAAAGACCAUAUCAAAACAAAACAUUCGCUAUGGCUGUUAGAUUUGAUGCAGCCGCUUAUAAUUUUCGUAAGAAAUGUCCUUACGUGAGAAAAGACUUGCUUCGGUGGUUUCCUGGUCAUAUGAACAAAGGUUUAAAGCAAAUGCAACGAAAGCUCUCCUCGGUUGACUGUGUUAUUGAAGUUCACGAUGCUAGGAUACCUUUUACAGGUCGUAAUCCUGUGUUCACGGAAACAAUGCUAGGUGCUAAGCCUCAUAUUCUUGUAUUAAAUAAGAGGGAUCUGACAAUAAGUAGCUUACUGCCGAAAAUUGCUGACCAAUUGAAGGCUGAAGAAAACGUGCAGAAUGUCGUGUUUACUAAUAGUAAAGACCAACAUUGUCGUGGUCUGAAGACUCUCAAACCACUUAUGGUUGACUUAAUUAAGAACUCCAAUAGAUACAACAGAAGUGAGGAGUUAGAUUACAAUGUAAUGAUAAUUGGUGUUCCUAAUGUUGGUAAAUCAUCUUUAAUAAAUAUGUUACGAUCGAAAAACAUGAAGAUCCGACACGCGCUGCCCGUGGGGGCAGUGGCGGGGGUCACGCGCAGCCUCAUGACUAAGAUGAGGAUAAAUGAUGACCCAAAAAUAUUUAUGUUUGACACUCCGGGCAUAUUGGAGCCAUCAGUGACUGACAUAGAGAUGGGUCUGAAGCUUGCACUCUGCGCAUCACUCCAGGACCAUCUGGUAGGCGAGGAGACCAUCGCCGACUACCUGCUGUACUGGCUGAACAGCCAUGCCAAGUUCAAGUAUGUAGACUACAUGGGCCUGGAGGAACCUUGCGAUGAUAUACAGAAGGUGUUAAUAUCUGGUGCAGUAAAAUACAAUCGCAUCAGGAGAGUGAGAGAUUUUGAUGGCACAACAAGAGAAGUACCCGACUUACUGGAGUCGGCCAGGACUAUGAUCAAAGCCUUCAGGACAGGGGAACUGGGCAGGAUAUUUCUUGACAUUGACAUACUGAAAUUCAGACGUAAGCCUGAAAUAGAAGAAGAAAUGGAGGAAUUGGCCUAGUUUUACAUAGAACAUAUUUGAAUAGACAUGAUUUUAAAAAUUAAAACUUUUUUUUAAUAUCCAAAAAUCUGUUCUAGAAUUAAUGGACUGAUUAGGCAAGAAUUUUCUUAAUUUUUUUUUCUAUGUGUCAGUUUUUUCGUUCAAGUUGAGAUUAGCAUAACAAAUUUCAAAUCUGUACUGGUUAACUUUUUUGCCGAUUCAC